AUUUAAAUGAAAAAAAAAAGCCGCUUUUUAAAGUGGUAGCACUUUUCGACACUUGUAGGCUGAGAACGUAAUUCGAACUAAAGAAAAAAUUGAAAAUGCGUCGUCGCGAGCUUCAAACAAUUACGAUUAAGCUCUCCGAGCUCAAGGAGUACGAGCAAGCAAAAUUGGAGCGUGUUUUGGCGCGCCAACAACAAAUGACUCCACAUACGCCCACAUCGGACAGCGAUGUUCAGCCAUCGAGCAGUGUGCCGACUAUUUUGUUGGAGGGUGCGGGCGCCACAACCCCGAAGCCCAGCUCCUCAUCCACAUAAACAAAAAGAGCGUUCGGAAUUCAGCUUCUCAGGAUCUUUAAGGACAAAGACGCGCCGAAUUCAAAAUGAUAAAUAAAACCGAGCACAAGUAGCACUGAUAUUACAAUUUUAUAAUUUCACUCAAUGUGUAGUAAUUCUUAAAAAAAAAAUGAAAUGGAGAAUUAUAAAUUACCAAUUACCAAUUUAAUUGUAAAACUCUGACUGAUUGAAGCUAUAUAGUCUAAGCUAUCGUACAUUAUAUACAAAUAUAGAAAUGUUAUUAAUUAA